UUAAUACGAGCAGGCAGAGCCUCGUAAGCAAGAUGCUGGAGGAGGGGCAAGAAUUUCCUCCCACUUCUCAAAUGCUCUUCAUACUCCUAAAAUGAUUUUGGCUGCCUGUCAUCCAGCACUCUGGACAAAGGAGAGAGCAGCUCAUUCCAACUAGAGCAAGGAAAGGGAAGGACCAGAGGAGGCUCUCUUUGAUCCACCUGUUGACAUGGCAAAGAACGUGGCCAUCAUUGGAGCUGGAGUGAGCGGACUGAUCUCUCUGAAGUGCUGCCUGGAUGAAGGACUUCAGCCUACUUGCUUUGAAAGGACUGGAGACAUCGGGGGAUUGUGGAGAUUCAAGAAAACUGAGUGUCACACCCUUGUUGGCUCACCAGAAGUUUCCUUUUCUUGGAUCAGAGCGCAUCCUUCCUAGCUUAACCAAUUUACAAAUUACUUAUGGUAUCUUGAUCCCUCAGCCUCAGGCAAAGGAUAAAGUGGAAGAAGGCUGUGCCAGUAUCUAUGAAUCUGUUAUCACCAAUACCUGCAAAGAAAUGUCCUGUUUCAGUGACUUCCCAAUGCCUGAUGAUUUCCCAAAUUUCUUACCCAACUCCAAGCUCCUGGAAUAUUUCCGGAUUUUUGCCCAAAAGUUUGAUCUCCUGAAAUAUAUUCAAUUUCAGACCACUGUCCUCAAUGUAAAAAAACAUACUGAUUUUUCUUCCACUGGCAAAUGGGAUGUUAUCACUGAGAGAAAUGGGAAGGAAAAGUCGACUACUUUUGAUGCAGUUAUGGUUUGCAGUGGUCAUCACAUUGUCUCCCACAUGCCCCUAACGUCAUUUCCAGGUAUAGAGAGGUUUAAAGGCCAGUAUUUCCAUAGCCGCCAAUACAAGAACCCAAAUGGAUUUGAGAAAAAGAGAAUUCUGGUGAUUGGGUCUGGAAAUUCAGCCUCAGAUAUUGCAGUUGAGCUGUGUAAGAAGGCUGAGCAGGUGUUUAUGAGCUCCAGGCAUGGCUCAUGGGUCAUGAGCAGAAUUUCUGACAAUGGCUAUCCUUGGGACAUGGUGUUCCACACCAGAUUCAAUACCAUGCUCAGAAAUACCCUUCCACCAAUGAUUGUGAAAUGGAUGAUGGAGACUCAGAUGAAUCGGUGGUUUAACCAUGAAAACUAUGGUCUGGUACCUGAAAACAAGUACCUGAUGAAAGAGCCAGUGCUGAAUGAUGAUCUCCCUAGCCGAAUCCUCUAUGGAGCCAUCAAAGUAAAACCCAAUGUCAAGGAGCUCUCAGAAACCUCCGCCAUCUUUGAGGAUGGAAGUGUAGAGGACAUUGAUAUGAUUGUCUUUGCCACAGGAUAUCAGAUUUCUUUUCCCUUCCUUGAUGAGUCCAUUGUCAAAGUGGAACACAACCAAGUGAAACUGUACAAGUACAUCUUUCCCCCUGACCUGGAGAAACCAACCCUAGCAUUCAUUGGUCUCAUUCAGCCCCUGGGAUCCAUCUUCCCAACCUCUGAACUCCAAGCUCGCUGGGUAACAAGAGUCUUCAAAAGUCUUUGCACACUUCCCUCAGAGAGCACUAUGAAGGCAAGCAUCGAGACAAGAAGAGAAAAAAGAGUUGAACUGUUUGGAAAGAGCCAGAGCCAAAGUUUGCAAACCAAUCACAUUGACUACUUGGAUGAACUCGCCACAGAGAUCGGGGCCAAACCUGACAUUAUCUCACUCUUUAUGAAAGACCCUAAAUUGGCCCUGAAGAUUUACUUUGGGCCCUGCCAUCCAUAUCAGUAUCGCCUAAAUGGCCCUGGGAAGUGGAAGGGAGCCAGAAAUGCCAUCUUGACUGAGAAGCAAAGGCUUUUGAAGCCUUUGAAGACUCGUAUUGUAAAGGAUUCUUCCAUGGCUUCUAUUACUUCUUUGUUGAAAGUCCUGGGUCUCAUUGCUAUCGUGUGGGCCAUUUUUUUCCACAUUUAUUAAUUCUAUAUCCUAGUUAUAGUUGGGGAGGGAGAUUGCUGUAUGGAGUAUAAGUUCCUUUAGGGUAAGCACUAUUUUGUUUUUAUCUUUGUCACCCAAGUGCCUCAUAUCAAGUCAACAAUCGCUUAUUAUGUACAUACUGUGCGCCAGAUACUUUUCUAAGGAUUGGGGAGACAAAGGAAGGAAAAGGCAGUCCUCACUGUCAAAGAGUUUAUAGUCUAAUAAAUAUCUGUUGUUGAAUUGAAGACAAUAUAUGUCUACAUAGAUAGAUAUAUGCACAAAUAUGGGGGAAAUGCUUUAAAAAUCCUGAUCAAACUAUAUCCCCAACUUUAUCAAAGUAAGAGAUAAGUAAAAAGGGCAUUAUAGAAAAUCAGUUAGUUAUUGUUGUAAACCAGCUUGAUGAAUAAUAUGUAAAAAAACUAAUUAUAGAAUUAAAAUAUUUUACCAUCCCAUCCUUCCCACAGCAGGUGGCAAAAGUUUAAAAUGUCAUUUUUUUUUAGCACAGAGCAUUGACAUUUAUAAUGCCAGCCAUGAGCAUGUGGUAAUUAUGAGAAAAGUCAUAGAUCACAUACAUCCCUUGGUUCUAAAUUGUCAGAUAAUCAAAAUAGUAGAGGAUUAUUUAAAACCAUUUCUCUUGAGUCACAUUCUUGAUGGCCUUCCCAUCUGGUGUCCAUCUGGUAAAUUUCACUCUGCUCCAAACCCAAACUCAAGUUCUUGGCAAAGCUUCCCAAAUGCUGUAGGGAAAUAUUUGAGCAGAGAUUAUACAGAUUAACAGAGAUUGGAUGGAAGUAGCCAUGGCAUCAUUUCACCAAAUCCUUAAGGUCUAAAUAAUCACACUUUUAUUAAUGUGGUCACAAGAAAACUUGCUGGGUUUUUUUAUGUCAUUUUGUAGCACACGAGUAGGAACUGUAUAAUCAAAAGAGGACUAAAUUUGGUAUUAAAAGACCUGGGUUCUGGGGGGAGCUGGGGAGCUCAGUGGAUUGAGAGCCAGGCCUAGAGAUGGGAAGUCUUAGGUUCAAAUCUGGCCUCAGACACUUCCCAGCUGUGUGACCCUGGGCAAGUCACUUGACCCCCAUUGCCUAGCCCUUACCGCUCUUCUACCUUAGAGCCAAUACACAGUAUUAACUCCAAGAUGGAAGGUAAGGGUUUCAAAACAUAAAAAAAUAAAAGACCUGGGUUCAAAGCCCAUCUCUGCCCCCUCUUACCUAGAGCAAACCACUUUAUCUUCCUAGGUCUCUAUUUCCUCAAUUAUAAAAUUAGGGAUCAAAUUAAAUGAUCUCUUAGGUCUCUUCCAGAUCUAAUUCUGUGAUCCUAUGCACUUCAGAAUUCCUCUUCCACGGCCCAGUCCUUCAUCAUAAAACUCUAUUCCAUAAUAUGGAAAUAGGAUUUGAGUGAUAAUAUAUUUAUAACCCAAUGAAAUUUCUUAUCAACUCCAGGAGGAGGCAGCAAAGAGGGAUGGGAGACAACAGGAAUCAUGUAACCAUGGGAAAAUUUUUUAAAUUAAAAUUUUAAAAAUUAAAAGAAUAAAAAAAGAGUAAUUUCCUCUUUAAAAACCUCCAUUCCAAUCCUGGAAUUCACACAUUGGAAGUAAGUUCUGUCCCUGCAGCUUCUCCCUCUGAUUGGAUAGUUCCUACCAGAACCUCCAUCUAAGGAGGGCACCAAGGCCAUUUGUGUUACAUUUCUUUCUAGGCUCUACUCUAGACUUUCUUUUUCAGGCCCAUUGAGUACCUUUGCUUCUCUUCCUUUUUAUAUUUUGGAGUAUAAGGUCUUUGAAGGAAAUUUCUCUUUCUAUUUGUAAUAAUGUUCCCCGUACUUAUGAACAAUGACUGCUGGUACCUAGUAAAUGCCAAAGUUUGUUGUUUAUUGGCAGUUACCAUUAACAUUAUUAAUGUUAAUUACAUAAUUAUUAAUAAUGAGGUAUUUUACUAAUAAUUUUACCAAUAGAAUACAAUUAUAUUUCAAUCAUGCCUCCAAUGCUCUUUGUAGGCUUCACAUAUUAAUAAACUCUUCUUGCAAAUAUUAAA